AUGCUUCGGAGGGGUUCUAGAGAGAGAAAUUCUAGAGAGAAGAAGGAGAAACUGGUCGAGACCGCCGUCUCAUCAAACGAGACCGCCGUCUCGCCAUGCCAAAAUGGCGAGACCGCCGUCUCGCCAAACGAGACCACCGUCUCGGCUUCGCAGGUGGCGAGACGGCGAUCUCGAUUUCGAGACGGCGGUCUCGUCCCCUAA